UAUUUUUCAGGAGCACCGUGAAACUACACGGUGCGAGUCGAGGACCAAAGCACUCGAGGACUACCGCGGCCCGCAGGAUAACACGAUGAUUGCGAGGCUGGAGGCAACAGGUCUUUACCACUUACGAGACUGUUUUCUGAAGAGGAUGAACAAGAACCUCAUGCUAGCUUUCGUGGAGAGGUGGCAGCCGGAGACGAACAGUUUCCACAUGCCAUGGGGCGAGAUGACGAUCACGCUCCACGAUGUCGCUUUCAUCCUGGGGUUGCGGCUGGACGGACCAGCAGUGUCUGAAAUUUGCCCGGUAGAAGAGUGCUCACAGAGUCUUGCAUCUGUAUUGGGUGUCGGUCUGAUGGACACCAAUGACAUGUUUCGAAACAAGGGAGUUGGUUGGGUUAAGGUGAGAGAUCAGUUGACCCUUCCCUCCGCCACAGACGAGAAGAAGAUGAAGGGCUACUUGAUGUUUCUGCUUGGGUCUGUUUUGUUUGUAGACAAAACAGCGUGUAACAUGAAGCCGUGGUGGAUCCAUUUUACCAACGAUCUCGAUAAUGUCGGCAAGUAUUCGUGGGCUUCGGCAUGCUUAGCAAACAUGUACCGCCAAUUGGGUAUUGCCACCCGCGCUGGGAUGAACAGUCUCUGUGGAUGUGUUAUUCUUCUUCUGGUACGUGUACCUUUAUUAGUAAUUAUUUAUUUAUUUAAACUUCUAUUUUAUUUAUUUAUUUAUUCAUUGGUGUUUGUUUGCAGUGCUGGAUCUUUGAGCAUUUCCCCUGCUUUCGACCACCUCUUUCCCGUUCAUAUGCCGAGUUUGAGCCUCGAUGCAGAAGGUGGGCCCAUGGUGGAGGCAAUAAAACCACGCUGCAGGAAUACCGGAAAAUACUCGACGCCAUGACCGAAAGAGAUGUUUGUUGGACCCCGUAUGGUACCGGUGCACAUUACUUACAUCCUCGGAGUAUGUAUUACGGCACGAUACAGUUCAUGGAUAUAGUGGAGCCGUACAUGCCCGACCGAGCGUUGCGGCAGUUUGGAAGAGUCCAGACUAUUCCUUUCCCGAUAAUUGAAUCGAACUUGCCACAUAACCGCGGCUUGUUUGGCGCGGGAUACAAAGUCACUUUCCACGCUCCUGGCGGCAUGUGGCAAAACGAGUACGCCAACUUCAUUGACCUGUCGCAAUACCCUGAAGCCUGGCCGCCGGAAACAGUUGCCGAGGAGUACAUGAAGUGGUACAUCGAGCGGACGCACCGGUUCAUUAGCAACCCUGAUAGAGUUCCGCCUGCAGAAC